AUGAAUAACAAGUAGGUUAUUUAUUACGCAAGUUUCAAAAGAUAAACGACUAAAACUACGGUAUGUGUAUAUGCAUAAUUUAAUUUUCUGUAUAUGUAAAUUAUAUAAUAUUAAUACUGUAAGCCUGCAAUUUAGAUUGGUCUAUUAAAAAUUAUUAGAAAAAAAUCAUAAAUGUAUAUAUUUUAAAAUAGGUGUGCAAUCACCAAGGCAAUAGUUUUUCGAAAAAAUAUGACGUUGCAUCAUAAUGAAAAAGUUGAUCUUUGAAAACAAGAUAUAUUGAACAGCCCAUACCAUGUAUUUGGAGAACAUUCUUAUUGUGCCAAGUAUAACAAUUUAAAAUAAAUUAAAUGAUACUUUUUUUUUUAUCUGCAAUCGUUUAAAAUUAUGUAUUUAUAUUUUAUUUAGUUACUUUUGUAAUGGUCCUAAAGAAAGUGAGGUAAAUUUAGUUUCACAAAUGGAAAAUUGUGGACUGUUCAAAGAUAUUUUAGGAGCUAGAAAUAUUGUCGCUCAUCAUGCUCAAAGCCUAAUAUACAACGUAAACAAUAAUGCAGUUGAAGGCUUUAAUAGUGUGGUUGCCAAGUAUGUAGGUGGAAAAAGAGUUAAUUUUUCUUCUAGAGGUAAUAACAAAUACUUAUAAAACUAAAAAUUAUAUUUUCGUAUUAUAUGUUUGACAUAUUAUGUAAAACUAACACUUUAUAGACUCAUAUAGUGCACGGUGUAAUACAGCGGCAACGUCGUAUAAUUGUUUACAAAAAUAUAUUAGUAAUUUACAUAAACAAAUUACGAAUACUAGCCCUGGAUUAUUUACAAAACAAUAUAUAAAAAGAGUAGAAAGAUCAAAAUUAAAAUUAAAAUGUAGACUUAAAUUUCGAAAGGUAUUAUAUAAUAAUUUAAAUUCGAUUAUAUUAAACAGAUGAGGAGGGCUAAAUCUAUAAAUAACUAGUUCUUAUAUAGCUUAUAUAUAGGUACUCUUAGAUUUGUAAAUUGUUAUAUUAUUAUUAUAUACCUAAUAAUAUAAUAUAAUAGUAUUUUUUUUUAAAUUUUUAUUUAAUUAUGCAGUGAAUAAUAUCGUAUUCUCAUUUUCUUAAAAUAAUUCUAACCAUUUUAUUACUUAAAAACAAGUAAUAUAAUACAUUAUAUUAUAUUCAACUGAUUUUUUUUUUUUUAAUUAUAAAUUAUAAGAUCUUUUCCAAAGAGAACAAAAAUUAUUGACGGACCAGAUGAGAAUUAUGGAGCAUUAUAGUAAUCAAACAUACUGUAUAAGUACUCUAAAAUCUAAGUAGUUAAAUGUUAUUUUAUUCAUACUCUAGGUACGGCAUUGAAAAUGAACCAAUGGCCAAAAAAGAUUUUGAAAAAAAAUUUGAUUUUAAAAUUGAACCAGCAGGGUUAUUUAUACAUACAAAACUUAAUUAUUUAGCCGCAAGUCCCGAUGGACUAAUAGGCAAAGACGCAAUAGUUGAAAUUAAGUGUCCUCAAAGUAUAAAGGAGUAUUUACCGGAAGAAGCAGUAAAUAACAAAAAAUUAAAAUUUAUGAUUUAUAAUGAUGAAAAACUAAUAUUAAAAAAAAAAUAAUUGUUACUAUUUCCAAGUACAAGGACAACUUAAUAUUACAAAACGAAAAUGGUGCUAUUUUGUAGUGUGGACGCCCAAAGGUAACUUAUACUUUUUACUUCAUUUUUUAUUUCAAAUCAACAUAAUCUAAUAUUUUAUAUUUUUUUAUAGGUUUUGUAGUUGAUAAAAUAUUAAGAGACAAUGAAUUUUGGAAAAAUAAUAUUGAACCACAAUGCACAAAACUUUAUAUGGAAUCUUUAGUCCGAGAAUUAUAG